UGUUUUUGCGGUGGUUCUUAUAUUUUUAUAUUGUUUUUUGCAGUUUGUUUCUUUAGUGUUUGAGUAUAUCAGCUUUUCUUCUUCACUACUUUGUCUCUCUGGUCAACUGCUGCUGAGGCCUUUGACAUAUGAAGAUGCCAGUGGCAUUGCUGUUGCUGCUGGCAUUGUGCAAUGGAAUCAGAGUUUUUGGAGAGAAGAGCAAUGGGCAGUGUGAUCAUAAGCUGACAUUGGACCCAAGACCACAUACUGUAUCCAUCUUGGAAUUUGGUGCUGUUGCAGAUGGCAAAACUUUGAAUACCAUUGCCUUUCAAAAUGCCAUUUUCUAUCUUAAGUCCUUUGCUGACAAGGGUGGUGCCCAACUUUAUGUGCCACCCGGAAGAUGGCUUACAGGAAGUUUCAAUCUUACCAGCCAUCUCACACUGUUCUUGGAAAAAGGUGCAGUCAUUCUUGGAUCUCAGGAUCCAGCUCACUGGGAUAUUGUUGAACCCUUACCGUCAUAUGGUCGAGGAAUUGAACUUCCUGGAAGGAGAUAUCGAAGUUUGAUAAAUGGUUAUAUGUUGCAUGAUGUUGUAAUAACUGGUGAUAAUGGAACCAUAGAUGGGCAGGGCUUAGUUUGGUGGGAAUGGUUCACAUCUCAUUCUUUAAACUAUAGCCGCCCUCACCUUGUGGAAUUUGUGUCGUCCGAAUAUGUACUUGUUUCAAACAUUAUUUUGCUGAAUGCCCCUGCAUUUAACAUCCAUCCAGUCUAUUGCAGCAAUGUACACAUUCAUAACAUAUCAGUCUAUGCUCUACCUGAAUCACCAUAUACCGUUGGCAUUGUCCCAGAUUCUUCUGAUAAUGUUUGCAUUGAGGACUGCAACAUUACUAUGGGUCAUGAUGCCAUUGCCCUCAAGAGUGGCUGGGAUGAGUAUGGCAUUGCUUAUGGCAGACCCACGACAAAUGUCCACAUCAGAAGUGUCCACCUUCAGUCAUCCUCGGGCUCUUCUCUUGCCUUUGGUAGUGAAAUGUCCGGUGGCAUUUCUGAUGUCCAAGUGGAGCAGGUCCACCUCUACAACUCGUUAAGUGGUAUUGAGUUCAGAACAUCCAGGGGUAGGGGUGGUUAUAUCAAAGAGAUAAUCAUAUCGGAUGUUGACUUGCGAAACAUUAACACAGCUUUUAGUGCCACUGGUUAUUAUGGAUCCCAUCCAGACGACAAAUUUGAUCCGGAUGCUUUCCCAGUACUGGAGAAAAUCACCUUGCAGAAUAUUAUUGGCAUAAAUGUCACUAUGGCUGGAAACUUCACAGGAAUCCAAGACUCUCCCUUUACCAUAUGUCUAUCCAAUAUCUCCUUAUCGAUCAAUUCUGGCCCUUCCACUUCUUGGAUAUGUUCGUAUGUUUUCGGCUUUUCAGAGUCAGUCUUCCCUGAACCAUGUCCUGAACUUGAGAAUUCAAGUACUUCUUCAUCAUGCUUUUCCAUCCUAAAGCCUAAUGGUAGAGCCGCGGUCUUAUGAUACCAUACCGUUCCUUCGAAUCCUUCAUAGCAGAAAACACAUAAAUUCGGAAAUUUCUACCCUUGAUCAUCUCAAGAGUAGGUCAGAUUCUUUCCAAUAAUACACAAGUCUAGAAAACCUGUUUCUUCAUCCCUUCCGUUCGCAUUUCGGCAUGUUUCAGCCUCCAGAUUGUUUGUACAGCUUCAUUUCUUGAUUCUUGUGUGAGGAAAUUUUUGGUAGUGUUGGUACAAAAGCACAAAAGGGUCGUGGGGGUAUUUUUAGUAUUGCUGUCUAUUGAAUUCUUUUCUUUCCUAAUGUUUAUAGCUUAAAAUCUCAUUGCAAAAUUAUUACUUAUAUCAUUUGGAUUGAAUUGCUGGAUGACAAAAGUAGAUAAAGAGAUAUUCAAAGGGGUCAUUUGAUUGAAUAAAGUGUUGGAGAUAGCAUUUGCCUUUUGUUUUUCCAUUAAAGAGUACAGAAUAUGCUUUGGGUUUUCAAUUCAGAGUUUGAUGGCAACAUGGCACACCUCAAUGAUUUUAAGGCAUAUUUUUACAAAAUAGAAUAAACCAUUUGGAUCAAUGUUGUUAGAAAAAAGAAUAAUAAAUUAUGCAUAUUCAACAACAGUUCUCAAUUGCAUUG